AUGUUCUCUGUCUCCGUAUCGCCCGUCUCUGUGGGCUCCAAUGUCUUCUUCGCCUUGGCACUCUUCGCCAUUUCCGUCCUCAUCCUGUUGCUCUUGCGCCGCUUCCUGACCCUCCGCGCCACACCAGCAUAUCUUCUAGUCCCCAUAUUUUUGGCACUAGCUCUCCCCGCUAGUGUAGUGCUUCUUGUUCCGAUUGACUUGGCAUCCAGUUCACGCGAUGGUACUGGGCCCAAGGCCAUCUGGUUACCCGAUCGGGUAGUGCUGGUGUGCUGGCGCAUCGCAUACUGGCUCAUCUUCAUGUUGACCUGGGCAAUCCUUCCUCUACUAGGCGAAUAUGUCGACUCCGGAUACCGCGAACCCAAAGCCCGCAUCCUCUACUCACUCCGCAUGAACGCCCGAUACCAAUUGAUCGUCCUGUCCUGUGCGGUGGUGGGCCUAAUUUAUAUCUCGUUUUCCAUUGGCUUCGACUUCAAAGCUAUCAAAGGUCUUGUCAUGGCACUGGCGUAUAUGUGGGGUCUGGUGUUGGCCAUCUACCUCAUGGGCCACGGCUUGGUCACCAUUCCCCGGAAUCUAAUCCGCAAUGGAAAUGUGAGCGGUCGCCUGCGUCGGAUCCAAGCUCAUGCGCCCAAGGUCCAUGAUCGUUUGAUGGAUGCUGUGAAUGAGCUGGAAAGUCUCAAUUCGCAAGUCGCUCAGCUCCAACAGCGCAAAACCGGGACCGCCCGCGAUUUCCAGGAGUGGAUUGAGGAUCUCUCUGGAGGUUCUGGGUCGGCUGAUGUGCGAGUCCCAAUCCUCGAAACCCCAGAGUCCUCGAGUACAAUCCCCUCCGUGAUCACAGAGCGAUACCUGGCCGACCUGACCCGACGCCUGCAGCGCUCCCGGCACAUGAAGGCUCGAUUUGUGGAUGAGUGGGACCGGUUGGUUCAACUCGCCGCCGACCUCCAGGCUAUCAUCAAUUCCGCCGCCUCCAAGAAACUGGAGUUUGGCCCCGCACCCCGCCGUUCGUCCUGCUUCCCUCGAGCCAAGUUUUUGAAUCCGUACAUGCGCCAUCAACUAUACUCUAAUGUUAUUCCGUCGGUCCGAAUGGUCUUUGGGGCCUUCUUUUCCGUGGCAUCGGUCUGUAUCGUGUGGUCUGAGCUGAUCAAGUCUGUGGCUCCCCAGCUGUCCAUCGUGAGCUUGACUGUGAUGCCCAGCUUGACAGAAGCCAAGCCUCUUGGAUUUGGCAAACAGCUCGUCACUUCGGCUUGGCUCUUAUAUAUGUGCGCUGCUGCUCUAGUGGGUGUCAGCGAUGUCAAGGUCUGGGGCAACCGAGCCCUGGUGCGUCGGAACACAUACGGCGAGAGUGCGUGCUGGUACGCCAGUCUGGUCGCCCGUCUCACGGUGCCUAUCGCCUACAACUUCUUGACCUUUUUGCCAAAAGACUUUCGUCGGAAAACGACUUUCUACGACUUCUUAGGCAGUCUCAUCAACCUCACCCCACUUGGUAAAGGCUUUGAUUUCAUCUUCCCAAUUUUGAUUCUUCUGCCCAUCUGCGCAACACUGUUCAACCUCUAUGGCCGUGUUAAGAAGAUCUUCGGUUUUGGUCUUGCUGAGGAAGAUGAUAUUCAUGAUAUGGAAAACAACCCUUCUGGUUACGGAAUGGGGGGCUGGCGUGAAGGCCGUGAUCUCAUUGAGCGCGAGCUGAAUGGGUUUGGCUCACUGGCCGUUUCUUCCCGAGGAACUCGCUCCACCUGGGCAGCAGACCGUGAUGACGAGAGCGACUCUCGUGGCUCUUCACGACUGCGAGUCCCUGCUGCUGAGGGCUCUCGCUCUCCUCGAACUACCCACCGGCCUGUCACCGCACCCACGAUCGUCGAUGGAGAAGAGGAGGAAGAGGAGAACUUUUUCCAAUCUUUUGCCCACCGCGUUCGCAAUACAUUCGAGACUACUAAUACUCCCCAGUGGUUUCAGGGUGAACCAUUCCGUCUACCCCGUUGGAUGUCCGGGGACAACAACACGACGACGGAAGAGGACGGCGUUACCCGAUUAUUUGGUGGCCGUGCGGUGCCUGGCCGUCUCCGUCUUGGCUAG